CUACCCGUUUCACGAUUUUUCCAGGUCAAACUUACUCAAGAUGAACGGUUCACUCAGGCGGCUGUGAAGUAUUGCCAAGAAGAGAUCGACAAGAAUCCAGCGAUGAAGAAGUGCACUGAAUUGACGCAGCCUGGAUAUGCGCUAAGUUGUUUGCUCGAGUUCACUCCGAACGUGACGGCUACGUCACAGUGUCAUGCUUUUCUACGUAGAACAGCUGUUUUGGCUUUCGGCGAUUUCCGUCUUAUUGGACCAUUCGUGGAGAAAUGUGGAGCAACCCUUAGCAAAUUAGGAUGCGGGACGCUUACUCCUCACAAAGCCCAUGAAGGGGUGAGAGUGCCUCAUACACAAGGCAUGGCUCUGGAAUGUCUUAUAAGUAAUGUUGUAAAACACGGAAAAGAUCAGUCUGACCCACUUCAGAUGUUGGAACCAGGAUGCAGGCACGAGGUGAUGCGGCUGGUUGAAAUGCAAACCGAUGACUUUCACUUGGACAGGACCCUUUUCUUCGCAUGCCGGCAAGACAGAGAGCGCUAUUGUAAAGAAGUUCAAGCCGGUCAAGGGAAAGUAUUUGAGUGCCUCAUGAUGAAUCGAAACGAUCAGUUCAUGGAGCCAGAGUGCGCAAGAAUGCUGGGCGAACGAGCUUAUCUGAUGGGCCGCAACUAUCGCAUGGCUCAUCCUCUUGUGAAAGCCUGCGCAAACGAAAUGAAGGAAUACAAAUGUGAACCACAAGAUGAGCUAGAGUCGGCCGCCCACUUCCACUUGACGUGGAUACUGUUGUGUCUGGAGAGUCAUGCACACAAUGCGCAGAGUCCCGAAAAACUGCCUUCUCCGCAAUGUCAGCAUGAAAUGUUGACCCAUCGGCAAAUGAUGAUCACUGAGUUCCAUAUGGCACCGGAUGUUGUGAUGCACUGCUCUCAGGAAAUCGACAAGUGGUGUAGCCCAAGAGGUGAUAUUGAGCCGAAAGGACUCACGCUGCAUUGCUUGAUGGAACAUGCAUCAUCAACGGACAAGACAAAACAAGUAGGAGCUCAGUGUAUGCAGGCACUAAAAGACGUUGUCAAGGUUGCUGAUGUUGGAUCGAACUACAAAGUUGACAAGGUUCUCUAUGGAUCGUGCAGAUCACUCAUUGACGGAGCUUGUGCUCGUGAAACGGGCUCAGAGUCUGAAACGCUAACGUGUUUGAUGAGACAUGUCGACAGUUCCGAUAUGACUCCUAUGUGCGAACAAAGGCUGCUGGAGGUUCAAUAUUUCAUGGCAAGAGAUUGGACGUUGGAUCCUCAGCUGUAUGAAGCUUGCCACGAUGAGGCUGUUAGUAGAUGUCAUGCGCCUGCCAAUUGGCACAUGUCGUCGAAUGGGCCAGAUCCUGGUCCAGCAGUCCUGGCUUGUCUGUACAGAUCCGCAUAUGACGAUGAAGUCCCGCUAUCGAAGAAAUGUGGUAUAGAGGUCAGAAGAGUCCUACAUACACGAGCAGUACGUGUGAAUCUGAUUCCUGACAUCGAAGACGCCUGCCGAGAAGCGUUGUCUGAGUAUUGCUCUAAUAAUGUGAAGCCAAUGGAGGAGAUGACUUGCCUUCAAGAAAACUUCGAAAAGAAGGAGUUCAUCAAGCGGUAUCCUCUCUGCCAUAAGGAAAUAUCACGAUUCACGGAAAUGGAAUCGAAAGAUACGAAAUUGAACAGAGCUCUAAUGAAAGCAUGCAAACCUGUGAUCAAAGUCCACUGCGAACAAUUCGCCAACGAAGAUAUUGACCAUGGUGAUGUGAUGGAAUGCUUGUUGAAUAACAAGGACCAACCCGAAAUGACUUCAAAGUGUCGUUCAUAUGUGAAUCACUUCGAGCUGAUCUCCCUACGGGAUUAUCACUUCUCAUACAAAUUCCUGAAAGCUUGCGGACCCGAUAUUGAACAACACUGUCGGAACCGCGGUAAUGACAAGUGA